AUGAAACCCUCGCGCAGAGGGCUUCGCAGGACCGGGCCCCAGACAAUGGGCUGGGAUACAAAGCACGAGUUCCCCCGCAACUGGCCGACCCAGCGCAAGCUCUAUGACGCCUGCGUGCUGCUCUUCUUGGAGUUCUACACUGCGGCCAUCAGCAGCACCGGCCCGUCCGCUGCAGAAGAAGCCAUGUCCGAGUAUGCAAUGAGUAGGGUCGUCAUGCUGACCGGCUUUCAGUUCGCCCUCGGUCGGCGGCAGGCUUAUCUCGUAUCCGCCGCCGCCUAUGGCAUUGCCGGCCUGCUGAUUGGCGUCAUCCCCUCGCCCGCUGGAGUCUUUAUUGGCCGUUUCUUGGCCGGGUACGUCUCGGUUGUGCCUGCUAUUGUGCUCGCAGGGAGCUUUGAGGACCUGUACGCCCAACAGCCGGGGCUCUGGCUCCUUUGGACCUAG